AUGGCCCUCCCUGGUGGGGAAGACAUUCUCGUGUCAGAAUUGAUUCAGACACUCGUCACGGCCUUCAACACGGGUUCAGGAACUGGGACCAAUUCCACGAUUGACCCCACGAUUGCGCGGGAGGUGUUCCAACAGUACUACAGGGAGCAUGAUGCGCAUAUCAUGCGACGUAACCUCGGGCCCGCGAUAGAAGUGGAUCUUACUGGCCAGAAACAAGAGGCACCAUUCUAUGCGUCGGCCUCUUAUCUUUUCACCCAUUUUCUCGACACCAUGAGCUUGGGUAGGGGAGAGGCGGGAGUUCUUCCUUGCCCCCAAUCCCGCUUCUACAAGGAAGGGGAACGCCGCGAGCCAGACUUUGCGCAGCACGCUUUCUUCGUGAACAGGGACGAUGGUUACGAGCGGAUUAAAGCAUUGGGAAGCUGGGCGGAGGUGAAACCGGAGCCUAAGGUCAAGAGUCUGUCCAAGGCAUCGAAGGACUCAGAGGACAAGGAUGGAUCUGAGGCCGCAGACGUGAGCAGUUCAGAGGAUUCAAGGGACUCGGACGAGUCGGCGAUAACUCAAGGCUCAGAGGGGACUGGGAUCGAUGAUGAAUCCGAAGUGUCACAGGGCGAGCCUGAGGCGCCAGAGGGCGGGUCGUCAGAGAACGAGUUGGAGGCGUCCGAGGAAUCUGAGGUCUCACAGCUCUCUGAAGCGUCUGUGCAGCUCCCGGAUGCGGAUGCCCGACACAUCGCGUCGUUGAUUACCGACAGUGCCCAGUUAUCCGAGCAGGCCGCAUGGGCACUUGAGAACUACUCCGGCGACACGAUCACGAUGUUCUACAUGCGUGCCGAACUGUUCACCGCUCUGCAGUGGAGCAAGUCUGAGCGGCACGAUGUGAGCUCUGGCUCCGGCCCGUCGUCCUCGUCUACACCUACACCUGGAGGCACACCCUGUACGGCCGCAACCGAUCCUACAUCCGCGCCUUCCCAAUCGCCCUCGGCGGACGUGCCUUCAACUACAGCAGAUCUUGCUAGCAUCGAUACUAAGACCUUCAAGGGAACCUAUUUCUGGCGCUCAACUUUGCGCAAGUCGCUCGUGGACUGCGGCGAAAGUCGCAGGAAAGCCUUCUGGGCUUGGGCCUGUCAGAAGUUCAAAACUGACAUCACGCCCAAGAGGUUGGAGAUCAUCCGCGAACGAUUUGACACUGAGAUGACAGCUGAGCAUCUCGUGGCGACGCACCCUAUGCCGGUGUACUGCUCUGAGAGUAUUCUUGAGGGCAGCGACAACACCUUGCAGUCCAGUCAGCCUUUCACCAACUCGCUGCGACUGGCACACUCCGGUAUGGCCCCCGAUGUGACUUUCGAAGAGUCGGUGUUCUUUGCCGUGGGGCAGCAUGAGCGUGAUUACCAACCACUUGACCACCAAAUCGCCAACAUGGUGAAUCUCAUGGCUAAGUGGUACUGGAAAACCAUCUUCAACACCUGGUCGCCAAUAUUGGAGAACGUCCGUCAGUCACCCGAGGAAGAGUCUGUCAAUCUGUCCGCCGAGUACAAGGAGCCCAAGUCGACGCGCCCCGACGACAACGCCAGCUCUCCGCAGCAAUUCCGUCCUCGAAAGUCGGAUACUUUCGGGGAGACCACGCAGCCAGGCGCAGACGAACCUGACGAGUCGAAUGGCGACGUACCCGCUUCAAUCGCACCUGAGGCUCACGAUGCCGACAACACCGAGCCCCCCGCUUCACCGACCCAUCCCAUCGCCGACCUUUCUCUCUUGACUGGUAGUGCAGUUGCAGCGGCCAUCGCUUCCCACGCUGUUCACUCAACGCCACCUCGCGUAGCUGGCACCACUGCACCAGAGUCAGAUGCAAGUGACGACGAAUCAUCAUCUUCUGAUUCUGAUGAUGACUACGCGGUGCGAGGGCGUGGACGUGGGCGUGGGCGUGGGCGCGGACGCGGACGCGGGCGAGCACGAGCACGAGGAGGACGUGGCGGUGGCACCAUUGGUCGUGGUCGUGGAGGUCGGGGGCGCGGCAGCGCUAGCCUGAGUACUCCGGCACGCUCGGCUACAACUCCAAGAGCUACGGCGACUCGUGCGAGGGCUAGCCUGAUUCCUCCAAGAUCAGUGCACACUAUGUCUACCCGUAGCACGCCCGCUGUCGCCACUCCUACGAUAGCCGUGGAAGUCGCUAGUUCCCUGUCUGGCCCUGGCGCAGGGGCCACUCCUGCUGCUGGCCCCGCGGCAGAUAACAAUCACGGUGGUGGCGGGCCGCCAAUAGCUGGGCCAUCGCAUGUCGGGCGGGGAGGUGCUCCGAGGUACGCUACGGGCACCCAGUCAUCGCGCGCGAAGGGCAAGGCCGUGGCAGCCGAUGAAGCUCCGCCGGACAAGAAGGGCAAGAGUAGGAAGCGGCCAGCGGACGAUGUGGACGAUUCCGAGCUCAACGAGCCACCGGAUGACCGGGAUCCGCCCAACAAGAAGGCGAGGAGGGGAUUGCGUUGA